GUACUGUACACGACACUAUAUACUUCGUUACUUUGUAUGUGUUUUAAAAAUGGAAUAUAAAUUUUACGAACAUUUGAACUAAGUUAUCGAAACGAAAAAAAAUAACAGUUCUUUUAUUUAUAAAUCUAAAUAUUAUGUCAUAAUUAAUUAUUUAAAACAACUGAAGCAAUAGAAGAAAAUAAAUUCAACAUUAAUGAAGAAAUAUGACGUACUGGCAGUACUAGGAGACGAACAAUUAAUUAUGCCAAUAACUUCAGAAGGUAAUUAUGAAAAAUUAUGUGCUUAUAAUGAAGAGUUAUUUAUAAUUGUACACGAAAUACAUUAAUCUAUUGGGAACGGUAGUAGAAAUUGGAUCGAAUAAGAAAUAAAUUUAAAAUUUAAAAAUAUAACUAAGAAAUCAAUAACGUCAUAUUCAAAUUUUUGCGAGUCAUGUGAGAGAAAAGUAAAUACAGUGAAAAAAUAAUUGGUGGUUAAACCAAUUAUUUUUCGAAAUUAAUUCAAGAUGUCAAAUAUACCUUAUUGAUAUGCAAGCGAGAUUAUAAAUUUAUAUAUUGUGUUUACCAAGAUCAUUUAACAAAAUUUCAUACUAAGGCCUCUAUAAGACUUAAAAGUGGCCAAGCUGUUGCUAAUGUUUUAUUGGAUAUAUUUACCUUUUUUGGAGCACCUGCUAUAUUACAAAACGACAACGGACGUGAAUUCGUAAAUAAAAUAUUAUCUGAAGUUUGUACUAAGUGGAAGGAUUAAAAAGUAGUUUACAGUAUGCCAAGAUACUCUCAAACCCAAAGUUCAGUUGAAAGAGCAAACCAAGAUGUCAAAACUAUGCUUGCAAUAUGGCUUCAAGAUAAUAAAACCAAAAAAUGGAGCAAUGGCUUAAGAUUUGUACAAUGAAUAAUCGUGCUUAUACCAUCACGGUACAAAACAUUCAUCAUAUGAAGCGAUGUUUGGUACAUACCCUAAAAUUGGUUUAACGUCGUCAUUACUUCCUGCAAACAUGAUUGAAAAAUUAAAAACCUAAGAAGAAUUUCAGGUUGCUUAAGAGUCGAUACGACCCUUUCUAACGACAACAAAAAUAAUGAAGUGAUUCAUGAAGUAAAGAAAAAAGACGAUGAAGAACAAAUAAUUGAAAAACAAACAGAAACAAGACGAACAUCAACUAACCAAAACAGGAAAGUCAUUAAAUAAUCUGAAAAUUCAAGACAAAAAAAACGAAGAUGUCCGAAAAACGAUUUUGCCAAAUAUUGGAGAGUCAGCAAGAGUUAAAAUUCCUGAUGUAGAUAAAGUGAUUUCAGAUGUGUCCUUGGCGUGAUUAUGUCAAUGAAAUAUAAUUUCUACGAAAACGGUACGACUGAAUAGGAAAACUGCAACAACUGUACAGCUGAAACCAAUUUACGACUUGUAAAGAAAAAUUUGUACAGAUUGAAGACCCAUAAAUUCCCUCAUUCCCCCUGAAGAUCGAUGUAUUGUACACAGGGUGGCAAAACCAGGAAAUGCAAGUGUAGAAAAGCAGUAUUUAAUUUGAAGUGUCAUGAUUCUAAAUCUUGUGCAAAUAAAUAGAUUGCUCUCGAACAUGAUCUAACUAUGGCAGUUUGACAUAGACACACAGUUUAACUGUAAAGUUUAGAAUGAAUGCAGGAGAGUUUUCACGUCAUUUUCUGUGAAAUGGAUCACUUAAAAGGUCGUGUGGCCGUGGUCACAGGAGCUAGCGCCGGAAUCGGGGCAGCAACAGCUAUUAAGCUAGUCAAAGCUGGCCUUACGGUGGUGGGAAUAGCUAGGAGGCUACAAAGACUUCAGGAUUUGAAAAAAACGAUGGAAGAAAAAAAUUUCAGUGGCCGGUUUUUUACAGUGGCGUGUGAUUUGACGAACGAAACAGACAUAUUGAACGCUUUUAAAUGGAUUGACGAAAAUAUUGGUGGUAUACAUUUUAUGAUCAACAACGCCGGAAUAAUAAGGAUAGCUACAAUUUUAGACGGUUUGACAGAACAUUGGCAAGAAUUAAUAGACUGUAAUGUAAUAGCACCUACAAUUUGUUCGAGGGAAGCUUAUAAACUGAUGAAGAAGUAUAACGUUAGUCAUGGGCAUAUUAUACAAAUAAACAGUAUAACGGGCCAUUCGUAUUCAAUUAAUCCGGGCAACAAGAUGUACAAUGCGUCCAAACAGGCUCUUAGAGUGCUGACCGAAGGCCUCCGUCACGAAUUGGCCGUGGCCGGUGAUGGCCACAUCAAAGCUUCCAGCAUCAGUCCCGGUUUUGUUGACACAGAAAUAUUUGAUGCAGCCACACUGUCGCACAAUAAAAUGAAGCCGUCGGAUAUCCUGAGCGCAGAGGAAAUGGCUGAUAUGAUAUGUUUUGUCAUGUCGACCGGACCAAAUAUAUUGAUCGCAGAAAUGAUUGUGUUAAGCCAAGGUCGUUGCAUCCAAUCAUACCCACGAGAAUAAUAUCAAACCGAAAAGUCAUGAUUCUCUAUACAUUAUGUGCUUGAAUAUUAAAUAUGGUCACGUCAUAUUAAUGUGUAAAAAUGAAUCCAUGUAACAAUUGAGUCUUAACUUAAUCAGAAAGUUCUAGAAAUUA